AUGGUGCGGGUAGUGAACCGUGGUAGGCAUGGGGUAUCACCUGAAGAGGCAGCUGUGCCUAGAAGUAGUAGACCAAGAGUGGGGUAUUGCUUGAAGAGGAAGGCUCCAUCUUGUAAAGACAUAUCAUCAUCCUUGUUAUAUUUAUCUUUCUCUUUCUCUUUCUCUCUCUCUCUUCAGUUGGGAGAGACAUGUGCUUCGGACGGCGACUGCGACGCUGGCUUGCGUUGCGAAACGUGUGAUGCAAACGGGAAUACUAGGGCCAGAUGUACUCGGAUCCGGCCACUGGAACCCACAUCGAAGGUGAACAGUCUACCUUUCAAUCAGUAUUCAUGGCUGACAACUCACAACUCCUACUCUCUUUUGGGAGCAAAGCCCGCGAUGGGACCUGUUCUUGUUUCUCCCAGGAACCAAGAAGAUUCAGUUACCAAUCAGCUCAAUAAUGGUGUUCGAGGUCUAAUGCUUGAUAUGUAUGACUUCGCCAAUGAUAUCUGGUUAUGUCACUCCUAUGGUGGUGUCUGUUACAACUACACAACAUUUCAACCAACCAUUAAUGUGCUGAAAGAGAUUCAAGGGUUUCUGGAAGCAAACCCAUCAGAGAUUAUUACCAUAUUUUUAGGAGAAGUGGAAGAAGAAGAAGAAGAAGAAGAAGAAGACUCACAAAUUCGAACUUCGAAGCAGAUGAAAUCACUUUGGCUCAAAGACGAGCUUGCGAAGAGCUUCUGUGUUGAAUAUGAACUCACGAAGCUCCCACUGGUUCAAAGGAUCGAAGAUGGACUCGUGAAGGGUCGGAGGGCAGAGGGCUUCGAAGGGUCAAAGAAGAAGGGUCUCUCGUGCUGGCUGUCUCUUGGAUCGAAUGUCGAAUCGAAUAAGGCAUUAGGGCUAGGGCUUGAAUCGAAUAGGGCUGGUCUUGGAGUGGGACUCCACUGUGAAGACGUGGCCAAAUGGACCGUGUGGACAAUGUUGGGGCACUGGGCUUUCCAUAGUUGGGCAGUGGGCUAUGGGCACUUCUUGGGUUGGGUUAACUAG